AUGAUUAAAACUUUAUGUAAACACGCAUAUCAGAUAAUAUCAAAGUCAAAUUUAAUUCUCAAACAAAGACCAGACAGAGAUAGGAAAAGUGAGUUACUAAAUAGCAAGAAAUUAGACAGAAAAUAAAUUCUUAGCAAAGAUAAAUAUGUCAUUAGUAAGAUUAUAGGUAGUACAUCUGAGUAUGGAAACUUAUCAAUCAUUAGCUAUGAAACUAUUGUCAUAAGGUUGAACUUAAUGGCUGUUGAGUUUAAAUAUUUUGUCUAAAAUAAAAAAUGCUCCCUAUAACCAAUGUCAGAACUCAAUUUUUUAAUGGAGAAUAAGUUCGGACCCAACUAUAAAAUGAAUACUCAAGAAAGUUACCAAGGGAAUCAAUAUAUUGAAAUCCCUGAAUACAACAAUCUCAAGUUUAUUAGUGUAGACAUGGUUAAACUGAACAAGAAUCAUAAUCCUUUAACCAAAGAAGAUAUUGGUUUGAGGGACAAGCUCUAUAGUACUCCUCCUAAGGCUCCCAAGUUAAGACCUUAACCUUUCCCAGUACAAAUUAAUAACAAGACACCUUUUAUUCUGCCAGAGUCUUCUUAUUCAUUUCCAGAGACUCUUCAUUCUUAAGGCUAGUAAAACUAAUUUUUGGAAAACUAGUUUGAAAAUAUUAGUUUAAGUCACUCCUCUCUAGAAAUUCUAGAUCCAAAUUAUGAUACAGUUAAGUAAUAAGAAUUAUCAAACUUCUUGCAGAAGCCUAUCUCUACUUAUCUGCGUCAAAGAUAUGAUUCAAUAGACACAAAUGCAAGUCUCUAGGAGGCUCUCGACUUUCCUCUCAGCUUUAACGAGGAAUUUGACUUCAAUGCAUUUAUAAGCAAUACAAACAUGUGCUUAGAAUCUGACUAGGGAGUGAUUCUAAAUCUUAAUGAUCCAGAAGGACUCAAUAUCUCUGAGGAUUAGCUAAGAUAAAAAACAGAGGGAAAAAAUUAUUGA